AUGUGCUCGGGACAAUGGCUAAGUCGUGUCGUGGAGUUUUCUUCUAAUCACCCCAAGAUCCGACUAUCCAUCACUCAUUCCUAUAGCUGCCAUUUAACCAGUUCUUCCCAGGAACCGCUGCCCCCUUUUCUGAUCUGGCGUGUUGACUUUGUGCAAUCCGGCUGCUGCAACGCAAUAGUGCUUUCGCUUUUCUCUUUUGCUUUUGCUGUCGCCGCCCUUGCCAUGACUGUCCCUCUAGUCUGCCCACAACAACCCGGCGGCGGCGAUGACGACGACGAUAAGGCGAUCCCCUCCCUUACGUAUCCCCCGCCCUCCAUUUCCGCCCCCGCGGCGCCGUCAACAACCAACGACCAGUCUGUAGCCGCCAAUCACUGA